UUCCAUCUCCGUCAAUAUUGAUCGGAAGGCUACAUUUUUUUUACGGCUCUUCAUAAUUUUUAUUGUGGUUUAAUGUCUCAUUCUUUUUUACUAACAAUAUGCUUUUUUUUUUUCUUUUUUUUUUUUUUUUUUUUUGCAGUAGGUGCAAAAAUGACAUGCAAGUUUGUGCUUGUUGUUGUUGUGGGAGUUCUAGUGCAAACUUCCUCUGCAAGGAAACUUCUUGAGAAUCCAUUAUUACCCAAUUUACCUAACUUCAACGGUGGAUUUGACCAAAUUUUAGGUGGUCUUGGCAGCGGUGGUGAUGGUGGUGGAGGUGGAGGUGGAGGUGGAGGAGGAAGUAAUGGUGGAUUUGGUGCUGGCUUCGGAUUUGGCGAAGGUCACGGAUCAGGUGCAAUUGGCGGAUUUGACCAAAUUGUGGGAGGUCUUGUUGACGGUGGUGGUGGCGGCGGCGGCGGAGGUGGAGGUGGAGGAGGUAGCGAUGGUGGAUUUGGUUCCGGCUUUGGAUAUGGCGAGGGUCAUGGAUCAGGUGCAAACGGUAGCGGUGGUGGUGGUGGUGGAGGUGGAGGUGGCGGCGGUGGUGGUCAAGACGGUGGUAGUGGUUUUGGGGCCGGAGCAGGAUGGGGCCAAGGUGGUGGUGGAAAUUGAUCCCACCAAUUGCUCAAAUAAAUCUCUUAAUAUAAUAAGUGAAAAGCACAUUAAAAGCAAGUAAUUUGCUAUAGGGAUUUUGUUUUUGUCCUAAUUGCUAAUUACACUAUUUAGCGUGCUAUGGCUAGUGGCUCUUGAAUAAACAUUUUGAUUA